UCCAGGUAGUGAAUAUAUAAGUUUAAUGUCGAUGCGAAUGGGAAUUGUGUUCCGCGUGUUUUUUCGCGCUAAUGAAUCUUGGGCAGAAGCAGUGUGAAACUGUGACGGUUAUGAGCUUUAACUUCAAUAUAUUGUGUUUUAUAGAAAUUUUUCUAUAGUUCAAUCAAACUUCCCAUGCCGUGUUCGGCCGUGUAAUACAUGACGUAAUUUUUUUCAUUUGUGUGUUUCUACUGUUUAUAAUAAGUGAUUUAUAAACACCAAUCUCGUCGCUAACCAAGAGUGGAGUCGACCAGAGGCCUGUAAUAGAUACUCGAGAUGUCAGAUUCUAAUCCAUCUAAGCUCAGAUUACCAUCAAAGAUCAGUCGACCAUGUUCCGCACUGCCCCAAAAACAGACACCGUCACCAUUAUCUCCUACACCCACCAUGAAUUCAAGCAUGGUGCUCACAGAAGAUACGGACAGCUUCAUAAUUGGAGAUCGAGUGUGGGUUGGUGGAACGAAACCUGGCUUUAUAGCUUAUAUCGGUGAAACGCAGUUUGCCCCUGGAGAUUGGGCCGGUAUUGUACUCGAUGAGCCAAUUGGAAAAAACGACGGUUCCGUGGCUGGUUCGCGGUACUUUCAAUGUGAACCAAAACGUGGAAUUUUUUCACGACUUACGAGACUCACCAGACAACCAUUAUCGGAAACAACCAUACCACCUGGCGAAAGAACUCCUACGGGCUCCGUGUAUGGCUCGCGCACGAAUCUGAGCAAAUCUAUGUCAACGUCUCUUCAUUCUUCGGUAACGAGCUUGUCAUCGGUAUCACAAAAAGAUGUUACCAUCGGCGAUCGAGUGAUCGUGUCGUCAAGCCAGGGAAGUAAAGCAGGAGUUUUGAGAUUUUUGGGACCAACGCAAUUUGCGAGCGGGGAUUGGUGUGGCGUCGAGCUGGAUGAGCCUGUUGGCAAAAAUGAUGGAUCUGUUGGAGAAAUAAGGUACUUCGAAUGUCGUCCGAGAUACGGUCUCUUUGCACCAUUACACAAAGUGAGUCGUUCGCCAUCGAGUCGGAGAACAAGCUCGACUUGCAUUGUUCACAAGCCGGUAAGUUCUCUCAUGACCACUCCUCCAGGAAGACUCAGCGGUUCAAGGGAGUCCAUAAAAUCGACAUCUAGUAGGCUGAGCACAACUGCGGGUAGCACUAUUCGAGGAAUGGCGCCUGGUUCUCGGGAAAUGUUGAAAGAAAAACAACAAGAAAUUGAAAUGCUACGAAACGAAAGAGAUCUUGAUCGUCAGAGGAUAUCGAGAGUGGCUGCUCAGGCGGAUAAUGCUGAAAAAAAUGUGAUAACGUUAAAGGAAGAAUACGACAAAUACAAGGAACUGAUGGAGCUGCAAAUGCACGAGACUCAAACAGCUUUGACACAAUUUUUACAUGAAAAUAAUUCUCUGAAAGCACAACUCGAAGAGGAAAAACAGAAAAACGAAGAUCUCUUGUUCCGUUUUGAAGAGGGAUCUAUAAAUAUGGACGAUAUUCAGGUUAUAAACACGCAGAACGAAAACAAGAUGAAAGAAUUAGAAAAACAGCUGUUGGAGGAACGAGAGCGUAUCAUUAAGUUGGAGCAAGAUAAUUUGAAACUGAUCGAGGCUAGAGACGAAUUGGCCAAACUUCGUGCCCAAUUAUCAACGACUGAGAACACUAAAACACAAGAAUUGCAAGAUAUUCAGAAAAGUCAUACAGAAGCCAGUAGUAUACUCGAAAAACAGCUGCUCGAACGUGACAAGCAAAUCGAAGAAUAUGAAAAAAAAAUUCACGAUUACGAGGCACGGAUUCGAGAUUUCGAGUCAGAAGUCGUAGACCAAACAGUAGCUCAGAAAAAUAUGCAAGAAAAUAUUGAUAUCGUACAACAAAGCCUGGUGGACAAAAAUAUGCUUAUAGAUAAACUAAAAAAAGAAUAUGAAGCCGAUGUAGAAAAAUUCCAAAAGCAAAUUGAACAGUUGAAUACUACGAUCGAAAAUAUUAAGAAGGAGAACGUCGAGAAAAAGAAUUCUGAUGACAUGAUUGUUGAAAAACAAUUGCUCGAAUGGGACAACUCAAUUGAACGGUAUAAAAAAGAAGUUCAAGAUUUCGAAGCGAAGAUUAAACUCUUCGAAUCGGAGGUUGAAGACCAAAAUUCAUCUAAGAAAAUAAUGCAAGAAAAUAUCAAUGCGAUGGAAAAAGAUUUGUUGGAGAAGAAUAUUUUCAUUGAAAAGUUGCAAAAAGAAUUUGGGGUUAAUUCAGAAAAGUUACAAAAAAAGAUUGAAAGUUUGAACAACAAGAUUGAAGAAUUUACGAAAAAAAGCAACGAGGAGAAAAAAGUACUUGCUGAGCAGAUUGAACAGCUACAAAACGUGAUCGAAAAUAUAACAAAAGAGAAUCUAGAGAAUAAAAAUUCUGGGAAUGUUCUUGAAAAACAAUUGCUUGAACGCGAGAAGCUGAUCAAAAAACAUGAAAAAUACAUUGAAGAUUGUGAAGCACGGAUAAAAAAUUUUGAAUCGGAGGUUGUGGACCAAUCGGUAACACAGAAAAAUUUGCAAGAUGAUAUUGACACUGCUCAUCGGAAUGUGGACGAAAAAAAUAAGCUCGUCGAAGAACUGAAAAAAGAAUAUCAAGUUUCUUCAGAGACAUUGAAUAAAGAAAUUGAACAGUUGAAAAAUGUCAUGGAAAACCUAAGAGAACAAAAUAUUAAGGAAAAAAAAAUACUCGCCGACAAAAUGGAACAGGAAAAACUAAAAAUCGAAAAUAUGACAAAGGAAUGCAUAGAUCAGAAAAAUUCAGAAUACAUCAUCCUCGAAAAACAAUUACUCGACCGUGAAAAAUUAAUUGGACAAUAUGAAAAACAAAUUAAAGAGUUUGGAGAAAAAAUGGAAAAAAGUGAAAGUAACGCAGCAGCUCAAACAUUUUUACAGAAAAGUUUGCAAGACAAUAUCGACGCAAUGCAACGAGAACUGUUAGAGAAAAAUACGGCUAUUGGAAAAUUGCAGAAAGACAAUGAGGUCGAGGCGAAAAAAUUCCAGAACGAAAUUCAAGAGUUGAACAAAAUGAUUGAAAAUAUCACGACCCAAAGCAUCGAGACUGCAAAUUCUGAGAACAUCAGUCUUCAAAAACAAUUGCUUGAGUCCAAAAAGCUAGUUGAACAACAACAAACGAAAAUUCAAGAUUUUGAAACAACGAUUGAAAAAUUCAAGUCCGAGGCUGCAGCUCAAACGGUAUUGCAUCAAAAUUUGCAAGAAAAUAUUGAUGUCCUGCAGGAAAAUUUGCUCGAAAAAGGAACGCUUAUGGAAAAACUGAAAAUCGAACACGAGUUGAAUUCAGGAGCUCUCCAAAGCCAAAUUGAGCAGCUGAAGAACGAGAUUGAGAGUAAAAUAAAAGAAGGAAACAACGAGAGAAAAUCAUUCGUCGAGCAAAUCGAACAGCAACAAAAAAUUAUUGAAAAUCUAACAAAACAAAGUGAAGAUGAGAAAACGUCACUCGUUGAGCAAGUUGAACAGCUGAAAAUCAUAAUAGCGAAUAAGACAACAGAAAACAACAAAGAAAACGAAUCUCUUCUCCAACAGAUUCAACAGCUGAAGAAUAUGAUGGAGGAAACGACGAAAAAAAGCGCUGACGAGAAAAAAUUACUCGUUGAACAAGUUGAACAGCAGCAAACUAUGAUCGAAAAUUUAUCAAAACAGAGUAACGAGGAGACAAAAUCACUCGUUAAAGAAAUUGAAAAAUUAAAAAUCAUGAACGAAAAAGUAACAGAAGAAAGUAUACAGGAGAAAAAAUCACUUGUCGAAGAAAUUCAACAAUUGAAGGAUGUCAAUGAAAAUAUAAUGAAGGAAAGUAUAGAAGAGAAAAAAUCACUCUGCGAACAAAUAGAACAGUUGAAAGCUAUGAUCGAAAGUAUAACUAAGGAAAGUGAACAAGAAAAGAAAACACUUGCUGAAGAAAUUCAGCAGAGAAACAGCGAAGAGAGAAAUUCUCUGGUUCAACGAAUCGAACAGUUGGAAAAAAUGUUGGAGAACACAACGAAGCAAAGCAGCGAAGACAAAGAGCCUCUGGUUAAACAAAUUGAAGAGCUGAAAAUCACGAUUGAGACGAUAAUAAAGGAAAGUGCGGCGGAGAAAAAAUUAUUUAUUGCACAAAUUGAUCAACAGCGAAAUAUAAUUGAGGAGUUAACAAAAGAAAGUGGCGAAGAGAAAACAUCACUGGCUAAAGAAAUUGAACAUCUAAAAAGCUCGAAUGAAGAGCAGAUGAAAGGAAGUAUAGAAGAGAAAAAUUUACUCACUAAACAAACAGAACAGCUGCAAAACAUGAUUGAAAGUAUAAAUAAAGAAAGUGCAGAGGAGAAAAAAACACUGCUGGAGCAAAGCGAACAGCGGCAAAAUAUAAUUGACAAUUUGACAAAACAAACCGCCGAAGAGAAAAAUGUACUAGUCAGACAAAUUGAGAAGCUGAACGAAAAAAUUGAAAACGUUGCGAAAGAAAGACUUGAAGAGAAGAAAGCCCUUGAUGAGGAAUAUCAAAAAAGGCUUGCUGAAUUAGAAGCAUCACGUUCGCGUAUCGUUGAACUUGAAUCUGAAAAAGCUUCGAUACAAUCACAAACAACUGAUCAGAUCAAUCAGAUAGCAAACAAUUAUAAAACGUUGUUGAAUCACGAUAUCCAAAUCUCGGACAUAGUACGACUGCUUGAAAGGAAAUCAGAUGAUAUAGAAAUACUCGUGAAGGAACUGCGUAAUCGACCUGCGGUUUGCCUUGACAGAAAUGCGGAAUUGAACCAAGCGGAAGAUCUCAAAGAAGCCUUAAGCAAAAACCUGGAAACUCACGAAAAACGAACACACGAAUCUAAAAUUCCCAAUGUUGUAAAAAUACCAGGGGUAUCAUCGAAAACAACGGGAAAGGAUCCGAAUAUUCCCUGUGACGAAAUAUUGCAGCUUGGGAAAAAUCUUUGCAACGAUUUAGAAAAACAAAUAUCAUCGCUUCAAGAAGAGUGCCAAAAUUCGAAAAUCUCGAGUAAUAAUACAGAAAAACAAUGUGCCGAAAUACAAAUCGCAUUAGGGGAAGUGAAGAAACAUUUCGACUUCAUACUCAAUGAGGAGAAAAAAUUGCAGAUGUCAAUUACUGACAAAAACACCGAUUUGGUCAAAUUAGAAGCCGCCAUUUAUAUUGUGGAACGAGAAAAACGCUGCGUGGGUGUAAACGUUGAUUUCACAAACUCGAAGCCAAAUGCUUCAAAGCAGACGAUGCGAGGGAAAAAAGAAAAAUCUUUAGAAUCCGUUGCAUUAAAGAAUGAUGUUCUUCAGACAGAUUUCGAGGAUAAAAACGUACUAGAUUCGCUAACCAAAAGUGAAAUCGCAGUAAAAGAACUGAGAGGGAAAUUCUUGGAAUUCGUUAAGCUUUUGAAGAAGACUAAGCAUGCUGAACCGAACCCACCGGUAGAACUGAGAGACGCAGAGACCUGUGUAAAACAAAUAGAGGAAUUAAUGAAGAAUUAUCAAAAAGACUUUGCUGAGAAGAUAAAGGAAAGGAGUACAUUGAAUAAAGAACUCCAGGCACAAAUCGAUUUAUUCGAAUCAAACUUAAAGGGAUCUACUUCAGUAUUGAAUGAUAAAAAUAAUGUUAUGGAAGUAACUGCCAAUAGUAGUGAGAAUAUUGUUAGCCAAAUAGAGUCAAACUCGAAGGCAGUUAAUGAGCUUGAUAGUAAUGAGUUGAAAAAGUUAUUAGAUGAUAAUGAAGCGUACAAGGGUCAAAUUGAUUUUCUCAAUUCCGUCAUCGUUGACAUGCAAAGAAAGAACGAAACGCUUACGUGCAAAAUUGAAGUGCUCGAGAUGGGUGUUCCUGCAAACGAAGCAGACGAUUAUAGCAGAACGACAUUGAGCAAACGUGCGACGGCGCCUCGGAUGUUUUGCGACAUCUGCGAUCAGUUCGAUCUGCAUGAGACCGAAGAUUGUUCACGUCAAGCUCAAGAUUAUGAACAACCCGAAGAACCGAAAAAAUCGCCAAAGAAAUUACCUAUCGAGAGACCGUACUGUGAAAGUUGUGAAUGUUUCGGUCACGAUACGUCCGAGUGCGAUAACAGCGAGACCUACUGACCGUACGAAAUAUCAGAAACAGUCCGGUGUUCAAUGCAAUGAAAUUUAUGAUAUUUGAAAACUUCACUACAUUGUGUACUACCGGAAAAUUCGAUUUUCACAUUGCAAGAAGAAGAAAAAUUGAUGUAACAUAAAUUUAAAAUCUGCUUGAUGCAGGUGGUAUAUUUUUAUAUGAGCUUUUCAAACGCAAUCAUUCAUCAAUAUAAAUGCAUUAUAAUUGUGUUUGUAGAAAAUAUUUAAUGUUUCAGUUAACUAUCUAAACUCAAUUAAACAUGUCAAGAUUCGGUUUUGCACGAGAAACAACUUGAUGAAUUAUUGGUUAUUACUCAUUACAUAUCAUUGUUUAUAUUAAUUCAUCCUGCAAUCAAUGGAUCUUUGUACGUCCUUAUAGAAACUUAAAAAUACUGUUAUUCUAGCGUUCAAGUGAAAAUUACGCUUCAAAAAAUAGAUUUAUUUAAAUUAUUGCGUCGAUUAAUAGUUAUAUAAAAGCAAAUACGUUUGUAUUUCUUUUUAAUCAAUAUUUUAUGGCGUUCGCGCUGAAAAUAAGCAACAGAGAAUGAGAGGAAGUUAAUCUUUAUUAGUCAUACUCAUUGUGUUGUUUUUCUACGACUGUGUUCUUUUGCAUUAAAUAAAAUGUUACUUCAUAUUCA